AUGAAAAAUAUCGAUAAGUACCGAAAAGAUAUCGAUAAGUACCGAAAAGAUAUCGAAAAGUACCGAAAAGAUAUCGAAAAGUAUCGAAAAGAUAUCAAAAAGUAUCGAAAAGAUAUCGAAAAGUAUCGAAAAGAUAUCGAAAAGUAUCGAAAUGAUAUCGAAAAGUAUCGAAAAGAUAUCGAAAAGUAUCGAUAUAUCGAAAAAUAUCGAAAAGUGCCGAAAAGAUAUCCAAAAGUACCGAAAAGAGAUCGAAAAGUACCGAAAAGAUAUCGAAAAGUAUCGAAAAGACAUCGAAAAGUAUCGAAAAGAUAUCGAAAAGAUAUCGAAAAGUAUCGAAAAGAUAUCGAAAAGUAUCUAUAUAUAUCGAAAAGUAUCUAUAUAUAUCGAAAAGUAUCUAUAUAUAAUGAAAAGUAUCGAUAUAUAAUUAAAAUAUCGAUAUAUAAGUACCGAAAAGAUAUCGAAAAGUACCGAAAAGAUAUCGAAAAGUACCGAAAAGAUAUCGAAAAGAACCGGAAAGAUAUAGAAAAGUACCGAAAAGAUAUCGAAAAGUACCGAAAAGAUAUCGAAAAGUACCGAAAAGAUAUCGAAAAGUACCGAAAAGAUUUCGAAAAGUACCGAAAAGAUUUCGAAAAGUACCGAAAAGAUAUCGAAAAGUACCGAAAAGUUAUCGAAAAGUACCGAAAAGAUAUCGAAAAGUAUCAUAAAGAUCGAAAAUAUCGAUAUAUCGAUAAGUAUAGAAAAGGUAUCGAAAAGUACCGAAAUGAUAUCGAAAAGUACCGGAAAGAUAUCGAAAAGUACCGAAAAGAUAUCGAAAAGUACCGAAAAGAUAUCGAAAAGUACCGAAAAGAUAUCGAAAAGUAUCGAAAAGAUGGUUAUCACAUUUAG